AAACCAUUUUCCAUUUCCGCAGCCAAGAUUUGGCCUUUCUUAAGCUGAUAAUGGCAUAACCUUUCGAAAUCCCUCAACUAUGUCAAGACCAAUAACCACACUCUCUUCUCCAACUCUCAAAAUCCCAUCCUUUUCUCUUCUUUCCCUUCGAACCCACAAAAUCCAAACCAUUUCUAGUCACUCUUUAGCUAUAAAGACUAGACCUUUAUGUAGCCAUAACCAGACGCUGAAAAGAUUUGGUUUGUUUCUGGACAGGAGGGAUAGGAAGUUGGGGUUUCGUUUUAAUGUAGAGAAUGGAGAAGGAGAGAGCAAAAGGGAUGGUGUAUUUGAUGAUGGUGAACGUGGAGAGAGUACUAUGCCUGAGAGGUUUAGGUACUUAACUAAAGAAGCACCUGACCCUCCUGUUUGGUGGCCUUGGUUUGUGGGUAUUAAAAGGUCUGAGCAGACUAUUUCUUACCAUUCAAAGCAGCUCGCCAAAGGAAAGGAAGAAGUUGAAGUUGUGACAGCGGAUACUAGUAGUAGGGUUCCAGUGCCACUGCUGUGCGCAGCUUUAGCCAUUGGUAUUCAUGUUGCUGCUAAGUGGGCUGGCUACCGCCACUUGACAUGGAUGUUAGUAUGACAGCAAAGACUAAACAGUCGUCUGGAGAUGAUGGGCGAGUUUUGAAAUGGCUUAAGGGACAACUCCUGUAGCAGCAACAAUUUUAGUCUUCUGGACUAGGUUAAUCAUUUCUUCAUAAAAAUCUCCCCUUUGUUUAGGUGCGUGAAUCACAUACGAUCCAUAAGAUUGUACAAUUGCGAGAAUUUAGUGAGAAAAACAAAAGUCCUCGGGACAAUGUUCUACACAUUGAGAAAAA